UAUAGCUCUUCUAAGUUUAAACUACUCUUUUAGUCAAUUGCCGAAGCUCAGUACGCGCAUUUAAGAGUUGACUGAAUAGUUGGAGAGUCGUGCAACUGCUGCAGUGUGUUCGGUUUGCUGAUUCGCGUGCGUUUACCAUCAAAUAUUCCGUGCGUGCGUGCCAUUACACAUAGUGUUGCGAGUUAUAAUUUUUUUUUCACCGAUUCGCGACUGCUGUUCGGAUCGUAAGCCGAAAAUCAAUUCCGUGGUGCGGAAUAUUCACUGACGCUUAGAAGAAGUUUUUAUUAAUACAUUUCAAAGGAUGUAUGCGAGCCAGGAUGAAAAAUAUUAUAAACGACCCCUGGAUACUACCACGGUCUCCAUUAAUGUCCCUAAUGAGAUCAGCGAUGUCAAGUCGCCUCCUUCUCGCAAUCUAUCGAUGAUAAAAUGGGUGCUGAUCGUGAGUCUGGGGUGCUGCGCACUGAUGUACAGCGCCAGCUCGUCGCCCAUCGCUAGCUCGACACCCGAACCUGAACACGAACAUCACAACGCUAACGCGGCCGUACCCGAGACAGCGGACAAGCUGGUGGCCACGUCGCCGGACAGCGGAAGGCAGUCGGCCGAGACGGCCGCCGUGCAACCGGCCCCCGUUUCCGAAUCGGUUCCGGUUGCUCAGCCGUCUGCGCCCGCCGCCGUCGCACCAGAAGCGUCCACGGACGAGGACGAUGACGACGACGACGACGACGACGACGUAGUCGACUUGGACAUCACCGGCGACGACGACGACGACGACGAGGAAGAGGAAGACGAUGACGACGACGACGACGACGAUGACGACGACGACGAGGAAGAAGAUGUAGCGCCACAACCGGCCAGCGCAAACGCCGCCAACGGUGCCGCCGAUCCGGCGACCGCCGCUUCUGGAUCGACUCCCGGUUCCGCUGCCACAGCAGCCCCUGCAGCCUCGAGUUCCGGUGGCGACGACGACGAUGACGAUGAUGAAGACGACGACGACGAUUACUUCGACAGAUUCUUCGAAGAUAUCCUUGGAGAUGACGACGAAGAGGAUGAGACGUCUUCGGUGAGCACGCUGGUGUUCGGACAGGCGUCCACCACGGCGGCGCCCGCUCAGGGCCUGUCCGUAUCGCAGCCGACGGACGACUCGUCGGACUACGGGACGGGCGUUGACGGAACCGCCGUGUCCAACGUCAAUUACGACGACGUCGGUAACGUGGACGACGCGUCGCCUACUGACCAGGACGGACCGCACACCGUCACGCUGCUGUCGCCCGUGCCCAAUGACGACGAUCUGACGGACGGCGAGGACGGUGUCGCGUCCGUCGGGUCUUCCGUGCAGGCCGUCGAAUCCAAUAGCAUUGCGGCCGCCCCUGCGCCGGCCAACUCGAGCGACGACGACGACGACGACGACGACGACGACGACGACGAUGACGACGACGACGAAGAAGACGACUCGUCGGCCGCGGCCACGGGUGGCAGUGACGACGACGACGACGACGACGACGAUGACGACGAUGACGACGACGAGUCCGGCGAGACCAGAACUGUAGCCAAAGGCCGAGCGCGUGAGUGCAUAAAAAUUCCCGGUGCGAUGGUCAGUAACCCAGUGACCUUGCCAUCUUCGUACGUCACCAAGUAUAACAGGUUCGUGGACAACAUACUGGGCCGAAUCAACAAGGUGCUGAGGAAGAACUACGACCCAGUCAACGUUCGCCUACAAACACCCACACAGACCACCGACAACAAGAAGAAGGGUACCACCUCUCAAAAACCAAAAACCAAAACUAAAGUCGAAUCAAGGGAAAGCGUUCGACAGGCGGAAGUGUCAAAAAAUGGCACUGUAACAACUCCGGCGACCGAAAAGGCGGCAACCCAUGUGCCACAGCAUCCGGCUGCAGUAAACGGCACAUCGACCCGAACACAGCGCAAGCACCACAAACAACAUAGAGCGUCAAAGGCGCAAAACAACAAGCCCAAAGUCACCAAAAACAAGCCCGCUGCCAAGCCCCAUGGUCCGCCCAGAGCAAGAGCCACCAUGUACGGUCUAAGCAAUCUGCGCCGGGACGGAGACGUCACCGUGAACGUGAUGAACAGCCACACGACGGUAAAGACCAAGUUUUUGGUUGGCCCUCUAACGUUGAAAGUCGAAAAAGAGUUCGGACGAGGUGCCAAAAAGGAGCUGAGAUCGGCGACCGCCACCACCGGCGAACUGGUCGGCCGACUUAACUUGCGAGUGCUUACCGGCGGCGCGGCCACGUUGCACUCCAUCCGUGUACACCAGCCAAAACAACUGCAGAUUGACAGCCCGGACGACCACGACAAGACUAGGGAGUACAUGUGGAGACGGUCAAACAUGAUCGCCCACCUCGUGUCGCAGAAACUGACGUUCGCCACGAAGUCCAUGUUGCAACCGGUCCCGCAAAAAACCGCGGCCUCUAAACCAUAGUAGAAAUGGAGUUCAACCGUACUCAAUGGCUGAUUAAAUAUUAAGAUUUUUUCACUAUUUAUUAAUUUAUUUAUAAUAUAAUUAUAUUUAUAUUUAUAUAUUUAUUUAUUUAUUUAUUUAUUAAAAUACAUAAUAAUAUAUUGUAUUUGAAGUCUGUACGACGAUAUU